UACGCAAAAGAGGGAGUUGUCUCUGAGCAGUGGAGGGUACAGAGCAAACGCAAUGAGGUCUAUUGCUUUGUAGACACACUGACAGUAUACUUUUUUUGGAAACUUUUCACCACUUUAAUCCACUUUUGAAGACACCAGGAGGAAAGAAGGGAGGAUGGAGACGAGUCCCAUCCCGGUUGUGACGGUCCAGACCUCGCCAUUCGAAGAUCAGCGGCCCGGUACGAAUGGAUUACGCAGGAAAACGGCGGUGUUUGAGGGGAAAAAGAACUACCUGCAGAAUUACAUCCAGAGCCUGCUGUCUUCCAUUGACCUGAGGGACCGCCAGGGCUGCACCAUGGUCGUGGGCAGUGACGGGAGGUACUUUAGCCGCGUGGCCACAGAGGUCAUAGUGCAGAUGGCAGCGGCCAAUGGGAUCGGCCGCCUGGUGAUUGGACAUAACGGUCUGCUGUCCACUCCCGCCGUGUCCUGCAUCAUCAGAAAGAUCAAGGCCAUCGGGGGGAUCAUCCUCACAGCCAGCCACAACCCUGGAGGUCCGGGAGGAGACUUCGGCAUCAAGUUCAACGUGGCCAACGGAGGCCCUUCUCCAGACACAGUGAUGGAGAGAAUCGCUCAGGUGAGUCGGACCCUGGAGGAGUUUGCCAUCUGCCCCGACCUCCGCAUCGACCUCUCCAGACUGGGACGCCAAGACUUCGACCUGGAGAACAAAUUCAAGCCGUUCAGAGUUGAGAUUGUGGAUUCGGUUGAGGUCUAUCUUCAACUUCUACGAAACAUUUUUGACUUUGGAGCAAUAAAGAGUCUGCUCACAGGACCAGAUCAGCUCAAGAUUCACAUAGACGCCAUGAACGGAGUGAUGGGCCCGUAUGUGCGCAGGAUCCUGUGUGAUGAGUUGGGGGCCCCGGCGAACUCAGCGGUGAACUGUAUCCCUCUGGAGGACUUCGGGGGCCAACCUCCAGAGCCGAACCUGACCUACGCCACAGCGCUGGUGGAGGCCAUGAAGGGAGGGGAGUUUGGGUUCGGAGCGGCUUUUGAUGCAGAUGGGGACCGUUACAUGAUCCUGGGAGAGAAUGGUUUCUUCGUGCACCCCUCUGACUCUCUGGCCGUCAUAGCAGCAAACCUGUCCGCCAUCCCGUACUUCAAACAGAUGGGGGUCCGAGGCUUCGCCAGGAGCAUGCCCACCAGCGCCGCAAUCGACAGGGUUGCCAAGGCGAUGAAACUAGCGCUGUACGAGACUCCCACGGGAUGGAGAUACUUUGGGAAUUUGAUGGACUCCGGCCGGUGUUCGCUCUGUGGAGAGGAGAGCUUUGGGACAGGCUCGGACCACAUUCGGGAGAAGGACGGGCUGUGGUCCGUGUUGGUCUGGUUGUCCAUCAUGGCCGCCCGAAAACAAAGUGUGGAGCAGAUCGUCCGAGAGCACUGGGCCAAGUUUGGACGCCAUUACGUUUGCAGGUUUGACUACGAGGGCCUGGAUCCUCGCGCUGCUUUUUACCUGAUGAAGGAGCUGGAGGGAGUGAUCUCGGAUAAGGCGUUCAUGUACCAGAAGUUUGCAGUAGGAGACCACAUGUACAGCGUGGAGAAGGCUGAUAACUUUGAGUACAUCGACCCAGUGGAUGGAACAGUGGCCCGCAACCAGGGUCUGAGGAUCAUCUUCAGUGAGUCUUCCCGGUUGGUUUUCCGGAUGAGCGGGAGCGGCGGAGGUUGUGGUGCCAUUAUCCGUAUUUACGCCGAGAGUUUUGAGCGGGACCCCGAGAGACACAGCCGCGAGACACAGGUGGUGCUGGGGCCUCUUAUCGCCAUCGCUCUAAAAAUCUCCAAUAUUCACGAACGGACUGGACGCCGGGGCCCCAACGUGAUCACAUGAACCACCAGCUCCACUAGCAUUAGCAUUAGCGUUAGCAUUAGCACUAGCAUCUGCAGUACCGGGCACAACUAUGUACUUACUAUGAACAUUUUACAGUUUUGCUUUAUUUACAUUCAGCUAACAGGUAACAGCCACUAAGGUCACCGCACUGCAAAAAGCCAUGUCAUGUUUUGAAAAUAUGCAAAUUUUGAAUAUUUGUAUAUCGUCUAUAAAAUGAAACGGUGCAAAAAGUGUUGCUGAAAAAUCAAAAGAACAGAAAUGUUGUAGUGUAAUCCUUCAAACAUGGGUAUAACUAUUAUUAGUUCUCAUUUUUCUGUGUGUAGCCGCAAUUUUGAGCACUUUUGUCCAUUCAAACCUGGUUCAGAUUAAAUAUGUAUUUUUGAACGCUUAGUUACUAUGGCUAAAGGAUAAUAAAGUGAAUUUUCACAAUUUAUUUUAGAGUAGGGAUGUAACAAUAACUGAAAUAUCGUGAUAUCGUAUUGUCAAGUCUCACAAUAAUAUCCUGGGCUGUCACAAUAUAUUGAAUUACAGGUUUCUUUGCUUAAAUACAUUGUUUUAUAGUAGAAAUGGACUUUUUUCACAAUGGCCGGAAAUGUCGCAGUGUUGGGUAAACGUCACUUCCGGUUAAUGCUUUUCUGUGGCAAAAUAUCUGUGGAAAUGUCUCGUGUAUUUUCCACCAGCUUCAUAAAUCUGCCCCAUCACCAAAUCUUCAUCCAACAAGGUCGACCAAGGACAUAUUCUGUCCAUGAAGAAUUUAUCCACAACUAUCAAGGUAAGAAAGAUGAA